GGAAUUGGCGGUGCCAUCAAAAAGGGCGUUGGCAUGGUCCACGGUACUGGUGAGGCUAUUCGCGGAAACUUCAAUGCUGCAGUAGACCAGGCCGGUGGUGACCGUGUAGGCGUCGAUAAAAACGCAGCGAUUGCCACCAAAGGUGCCAACGAGAUUGAACACGGGUACCAUCGAACUGGCCACGGUGCCGGCGUCACACCAGUCGAUGCUGAACGCGAGCGCUUAAACACGACCCAAACUACAUCUACCAACUACGGAUCGCACAGCACAAACACUGCCAACAAGCUCGACCCGCGCUUUGACUCCGACUUGGACCACCGCGGCACUGCAACAGGAUCAACCAACGUCGGCCACCACUCCAGCAACGUCGCGAACAAACUUGAUCCACGUAUUGACUCUGAUGCGGACCACCGCGUAAACCCCAACAAAUAUAGGUCGACAGACCAUGGCCCGCACAGCACCAAUAUUGCCAACAAGUUGGAACCCCGAAUCGACUCUGACGCAAACUAUCGCGACAAU